GAUAACGAACCAGAGGUCUUUAUCUAUGAUACAUGUAUCAACAAUAAAAAAAAUUUCUGCGCAGGCUCUUAAAACGUGGCAGACAACGGAAAUAUAUGUUCGUCUGUAUUUUAUAUCGAUAUAUCGCCAACACUAGUCAUGGCGAAUAACAAACCAUGUCGAGCAUGUACAGAUUUCCAUACUUGGACUGCAAAUUUGAAACAAAGUGCAAAGAAUACGGAACAAGUUAUUGUCCAGACCUUAGAAUCACCUGCUGAAUUAAAGGAAAAUUUAUCAUCAACAUUAACUACGUCAAACAAGCAACAGGAAUGUCCACUAGAUAGCCAGCAGUUGGGUAGGAACUCGUGGAGUGUCCUUCACACAAUGGCAGCAUACUACCCUGAUAAACCUACUGUUGCUGAACAGAAUGACAUGGCUCAAUUUAUGGCAUUAUUCACGAAAUUCUAUCCCUGUAAAGACUGUGCAGAAGAUUUCAUGGAAAGAUUGGUUGCCAACCCACCAGCAACAGAAAGUAGUUCCAAACUAUCACAGUGGCUAUGUGUUAUGCACAAUCAAGUCAGUAAGAAGCUCGGUAAACCAGAGUUUGACUGUAGCUUAGUUGAACAAAGAUGGAGGAAUGGUUGGAAAGAUGGAUCAUGUGAUUAACUUGGCCAGUUUAUUUUCUAGUUUCCAUUCUAUCGUCUUGUCUUAUUGUACAUCAAUACACAUUUAUUUAAUA